GUUGCAGAAUUCCCUUCCCUUUUAAGCCAGAGUGACAUUCCCUGUGUGGACAGACCACCUUUUGCUUAUCCAUUCAUCGACUGAUGGUCGCUUGGGUUGCUCCCACAUUUAACGAUUGUGAAUGGAGCUACUGUGAACGAUCAAAGAACCCUGAUCUUAAAUGGACAAAAUUUACCCUGUGGGGCUUUUUAGCCUAAGUCAUCCCUGCUUCUCAGGCGGGUGAGCAUGCUGGGUGCUGACCAAGGAAGGAAGACCAGUUAGGAGAAGCCACAGCGGUCUGCAGCGGUCUGAUAUGCAGCCCUGGCCAGAGAGAGGCUGGGCUGCAUGCCAGAUGCCAUUGUGUUCAUGGCCUCGUUGCUGGCACGCAAGGGUUAAGAGCUGGGCAUCCGAGUCUCACAGAUCUGGAUGGCGAUCCUGGUUCCAUCUGUUCCCCAGAUGUGACCCCGCCGCCCUAUCGCUGAAGCAGGCCCCCCACCCCAGGCCCAGCAUGCGCCUGUCGGUGCGGAGGGUGCUGCUGGCAGCCAGCUGCACUCUGGCCCUGGUGUUGGCCUUCCAGCUGGGGCAGCAGGUGCUGGAGUGCCGUGCAGUGUUGGAGGGCCCGCGGAGCCCUCGGCGGGCCAUGCGGCCGGAGCAGGAAGAGCUGGUGAUGGUGGGCACAGACCACGUGGAGUACCGAUACGGCAAGGCCAUGCCGCUCAUCUUUGUGGGCGGCGUACCCCGCAGCGGCACCACCCUGAUGCGCGCCAUGCUGGACGCCCACCCCGAGGUACGUUGUGGCGAGGAGACGCGCAUCAUCCCCCGCGUGCUGGCCAUGCGCCAGGCCUGGUCCAAGUCUGGCAGGGAGAAGGUGCGGCUGGACGAGGCAGGCGUGACUGAUGAGGUGCUGGACGCUGCCAUGCAGGCCUUCAUCCUGGAGGUGAUUGCCAAGCACGGUGAGCCAGCCCGCGUGCUCUGCAACAAGGACCCCUUCACGCUCAAGUCCUCCGUCUAUCUGUCGCGCCUGUUCCCCAACUCCAAGUUCCUGCUGAUGGUGAGGGACGGUCGUGCCUCCGUGCACUCCAUGAUCACCCGCAAGGUCACCAUCGCCGGCUUCGACCUCAGCAGCUACCGUGACUGCCUCACCAAGUGGAACAAGGCCAUAGAGGUCAUGUAUGCGCAGUGUAUGGAGGUGGGCAAGGACAAAUGCCUGCCCGUGUACUACGAGCAGCUGGUGCUGCACCCCAGACGCUCCCUGAAGCUCAUCCUUGACUUCCUCGGCAUCACCUGGAGCGAUGCCGUCCUGCACCACGAGGACCUCAUUGGCAAGCCUGGGGGUGUCUCCCUGUCCAAGAUUGAGCGAUCCACAGACCAGGUCAUCAAGCCUGUGAACUUGGAAGCGCUGUCCAAGUGGACUGGCCACAUCCCUGGGGACGUGGUGAGGGACAUGGCCCAGAUUGCCCCCAUGCUGGCUCGGCUGGGCUAUGACCCCUAUGCAAACCCCCCCAACUACGGCAACCCUGACCCCAUUGUCAUCAACAACACACACCGGGUCUUGAAAGGAGACUAUAAAACACCAGCCAAUCUAAAAGGAUAUUUUCAGGUGAACCAGAACAGCACCUCUUCCCACUUAGGAAGCUCAUGAUUUCCAGAUCUCUGCAAAUGGCUUUGUCACCAGGAGAAGAAACUUGGCAUUCGAGUGGAAAUCGGACCUCUAAUCCAAGCAUAUUGCUUGCCAUUAAUCACCAAAACAGGACUGCUAACGAGCAAUGAAUUUGCCUAUGUUUGCAAAAGCUGAAUCACUGAACACCUACCUUGAAACGCUCUAUCUUUGGACGCUUGUGGGUAGAGAUCAAAGAGUGUGGAAGUAUUCCAGCUUUUGAAAUUUUAGGUAUUUUGUAUUUUUUCCCUUCAAGAACUUUUUUUAAAGAAAUGGAUUUGCCAUUUUCCUUUAUUUGCAGGACUGCCUUGGUGGCUUUGUUUGCUGGGACAAGGCCCACAGUUUGUGCCUCUCCUGUUGACCCUUACUUUUGAAUUCAAAGAAUCUAUUUAAGAAUUUAAUAUAUGAGGCUUUCUUUGAUUCUUCCUCAGUUCUACUCCAGUUUCACAGCAAAAAAUACAUAUAUAUUAUUUGAAUAAAGUGAACAGGGGCUCA